AAAAAAAGCAGUAAACGAUAAGGAAAGCAACAUGAAAUGCAAACAUGCCCAAUCUAGCUCCCCCCCCUUCCUCUCCAAAAGAAGAAAUCCCACGCCGAUAACAAACAAUCUAUACAUCCACCAGCAAUAUAAAAAACCCCUUGAAAAAACAAAACAAAACAAACAGCAAAUCAGCCAGAUGAAAACCAGACUCGUCGUCGUCGUGUGCCUUGAUCACGCCCCCCCCCCCCCCCCCCACCCCACGAUAUGGAGAGACGGAAGAUGGGUGUGGUUCUUCGAUGCGUUGGCAGCCUCGUAGCGAGCCGAAUAAGCAAGGGGAUCCCCGGCGCCUCUCUUCCCUGUGGCUGGGGGAGAGCGAAGAGGAAAAAAAGCGCUAUAUUUACACCCUGAUAAGCUUGGAGAGGGAGAGGGCAUUUGGGGACAGGGGUCGGCGUUUUGUGUAGACCUGACAGCCUUUCCAGCGCGAGGCGGAGACGUAUCGACGUACACCCCCCCCCCCCCUUCCUCCUUUGGGGUUUAGGGAUAGGGAUUGUGGGUUUGUGGCGAGCUGUUGAGUUGGGUCGCUUGGUUGACUGGUUUUAUUGACUUUUUUUUUCGUAUUUUUUUCUUUUCCUUUCAGGGGGGGAUUUCUUGUAGUUGAAAUAUUUUUUGGUUUAUAUUGUUUCUC